CCUGUUUAAUGUGACCAUUAUGAAGUGACUGGUAUGUGAACAGGAUGUUUAGAUAGAUGUUCAGCUGUGUGUGUGUGUGUGUGUGUGUGUGUGUGUUUAUAAGUGCUGGACUCUGUUUCUUUAUGAGGCCUCAUUUGUCUUUGCAGGAGGGUGUUAGCACCCACUGAUAGCCGCUCUAAAGGAUUACACACACACACACACACACACACAAACCUAGACACACACAUACACACACACACUGAUCUGUCCCAAGCUGUUAAAACUCUCCACAUUCAAGGCCACUUGGCAGAAGAGGGAAAUAAUACAGACAUGUUAAUUACGAACACACAUUAAAAUACAAGUGUAUUCUUAUGUAUUCCAAGUAUAUAUUAAAUAUUACAUAAAAUAAAAUAUUACAUUACAUUAAGUAAUUAUAUAUGAAUUCAUUUCAUUAGUGUGUUUUAGUGCAGUCAUUAGUCUGUCGCUUUUGUACUAAUAAUUUAAAUAAGGCUUUACAAAGCAGAAGGAGAGAACAGAAAGUCUAACAGAGAGAAAGAGAAAGAGAGAGUUAGGGAGCGAGACAGAAACAGAACUAAACCCAAUGUAACACAACACAGAACACACACCUCACUGGAAAUGAGACAUGACGCAUUUCACACUCACUCCACAAAUCUCCUGAGGCCAAGGAUGGACGGAUGGGCGCUACCGCUUCUUGUGGGCGUGCUCUUUGUCUGUGGAGGAGUUUCAGGCUCGGAGCAUGAGCUCGGUGCCCAUCCACGCUUCAUCUGCACCCCCAUUCCACCCGAUGCCCCCUGCGUCCCCUCUGAAAACACUGGCCACCACAGCGGCCAUCACAGUGGCCAUUAUGGCGAGCAUCACAGCAGGCACCACAGCGGCCAUUACAGUGGCCAUCACGGUGACUCCUGGUGGGGCGUAUCGGAUGAGGCCACGCCCACCAUCUUGCACCUGCGUGAGAGCUUAGUGCAGCAGAAAGAGACGAUUUUGGACCAGAGGGAAACGAUCCGCGAGCUCACCUCCAAGCUGGCGCUCUGCCAGGGCUUCGGGCACAGCCUGGGCGGACAUGAGCAUGGACACUCCCAGUACAGGCCUUACCAUGGCAACGAGGAGCACACGGACGAUGAGACGAUGAGUCUAUCUCACUCGAGCUCUCCGGAGCAGAUGAGCCACAUGCUGACAACGUUAAAGGAGAGACUGGAAAACCUGCAGACACAGAACACGUCCACUGCAUACUCCGCCUCUCUGAAGGAGCUGCUGCGGAGGAAGAUCUCCGCUCUCGAGCAGCAGAUGCUGCAUCAUGCUGCGUCCAUCACCGACGGCAACCAUCACCAUGGUGAUGAUGAGGAUGACGACGAUCACCAUGAUGGCCAUCACGACGACGAACACCAUGAUGGGCAACGCGACAGUAACAACAAUCACCACGAUGACAGUCACCAUGACGGCGGCCACCAGAGGACAUCUCACCGCUCGCAGGAUCGCAGGACGACGCAUGACGAGCUGGACAAAGUGCUGAAGCAGCUCACACACGGUGCACGCUCCAACACAGGUACGAGAAAGAGAAGUAAAUCUUCCAGAAGUUUCCAGAUUGGCUUCCCCAUGCGCACAAACUACAUGUAUGGGAAGGUUAAGCGAACUGUGACGAGUGAGAUCUACGCCAUGACACUGUGUAUGUGGCUGAAGGGCGGAGCCUCUGGCAUCGGCACGCCCUUUUCCUACUCCGUCCCUGGGCAAGCGAACGAACUGGUGCUGAUUGAGUGGGGGGACAAGCCGAUGGAGCUGCUCAUCAAAGACACGGCAGUGAUAUUACCCCUCUCACUGCAUGAUGGGAAAUGGCACCACGUGUGUGUGACAUGGUUGGCACGGGACGGAGUAUGGGAGGUUUAUCAGGACGGAGCAAAGAGAGGAUCGGGGGAUAAUCUUAAUGCCUGGCAACCCAUCAAACCUGGAGGAGUGUUUAUUUUGGGACAGGAGCAGGACUCACUCGGUGGACGUUUCGAUGCCACCCAGGCUUUUGUUGGUGAAAUCUCAGACCUGCAGCUAUGGUCUCACACACUCACACACCACGACAUCUACAGCCUCGCGUCCUGCCGAGGUCACAUGACUGGUGAUGUCAUAAGCUGGGCGGAGUCAGUGGUGGAGCUGCACGGUGGGGUCACCAAGUACCCGUUUGAUCCCUGCCACUAAGGCUACAUUCCUAAAUAUAGUAUAUACAUUUUCAAAAAAAUUAGGAAUUGAUGAAGAGGGUCUGGUGAGGGAAAAGCUGCUCUGAGAACAGGAACAAAAUGAUAAAUGUACCUAUAAAUGGAUAAAAAAUACAUUCUUGGAUAAGUUUAAAAUUGUAAUAAUUGGAAAAUCAAUGUGGUGAAAGUGGAAUAAAACACAUCGUGACGUACUGCUGUAGAAAAAUAAUCAGCUUCAGGGUGGUAACAGUGACUCCGCCUCAUCGCACCACCCUGGCACUGAUUAUUUUCCUCUAACAGCACAACUCCAAGUGUGUUACUCCUUAUAUAUUGAACCAGAUGUAUGAGAGCAGUGGGUAGAAGUCAGUUACGAGUUCUUAGUCAUCAUUUGUUAUUGUAAUAGUUAUGAACACCGUUUUAAAUUCAGUAGACUAGUGCUCAAAAUCACACUCUCACUACGUACUUGACUCAGAAAUAACAAAAUGGCCGCCCUGAACUUUUUUUUAACCUCCUUGUUUGCAUCUUAGCUACAUUCUUACUUCAGUGCAUACUAUGCAGGAACACAAUUUGAGACACAAACAAUUCUCUAUGAAAAGGCAGCCUUUCUUCCAAAGUAGGUGUGACCCGAGCUUUGCUUUUUCACAGAAAGUGAACUGAAAGAUACAGCAAUACCAAAGAAGUUAGCUAAAGCAUUAGCAUUUGUAACCAUUAGAAAAGUAGCUUUAUGUUCAAAAUCAUUUUUUGAAACUGUUACAGGAAGAAAUUUCAUAUUUCAAAUGUUUGAAUGCUCAAAAAAAUUAUUUUAUGAACAUCUAGUGCACUACAGAGUGCGCUGUAGAGCUGUGUGCUUAGGUAGGAUGUAGAGAUUACAAGGAGCUGAAUGCCAAAUAGUUCUCUAAUGAAUAAGGCAUGAAAUAUUAUGACACUAGAUAUCUAGUGGACUAUGUAGUGCAAUCAUAUAGUGCACUAGAUUUCAGAAGCUGUAAUUUACAGCCUAGUGAACAUGGAUAAUUUCCAACUGAAUCUGCUCUCGUAUAUAAAGUGCACUAUAUAGGGUGCACUACAUAGGGAGAGAUCACGUCAUACUCAGUGUAGAGCACACAUUUAUAGAUUUAUACAGCAAUGUGGUGAACCUGUACAUGUAGCACUAGUUAGGGUGUAGGAAGCAUUUCUACAUGGCGUAUUCUAUCCCCGUUCAGAUAUAUAGUGCACUAGUUAGUCACUAAGUACGAAGAUAUUUGGUACUGAGCCUGGGAAAGCGAUAUAUUUUUUUGAAAGGUUCUUUAUUAUUCUUUUUUUUUUAAACAUAAUUAUUAAACUUAUGAUUUUAAUAAAAUGUAACAAAAGUGACAUUUCCUCUCUUGUGAUUCAUGAGUGUGUAUGAUUAUAUGUGCAAACAAAUAAACUGGACAAGUUUGGAGUAUUCUGUUCAAUACGGUUUGUAUUGUCAAAAGUAAGCAGCAGGGGGCGACUGAAGCUGGACAGAGUAAAGUAAGACAGAA